AUGGAUCACCACCACGCCGUUUUGGUACACUUUCCCGGUAUGGGCAAGAGCACUGCGUCCCAAGCUGACUCUUCUAUACGAUCAAUCUAUCCUAAUAUCAACCUCGCCCUGGUCGUCGGAAUUUGUGGUGGUGUCCCAUUUAAGAAAGGACCUGCAGAGAUUCUCCUCGGAGAUACUCCGUACAGUGGGAUAGAGCAGGAUGAACUCUUUCAGUCUACGUAUCGGCAUGAACAUCACGGCCGCAUUGAUUGCAUCAGCUGUGCCCAUCCUACCAAUAACACAGUCUGUGAUGAAGUAUUUGAUCUAUCGUGCCAUCAAUUAAAAUGUGACAAGGAUAAACUUGUCCAACGAAAGCGGCUUCAGAAUACUCUUGCACUGGGACAUACACCUUCUCCAACUAUUCAUCUUGGUCUUAUCGCAUCUGGGGAUACAGUCAUGAGAUCUGGACAAGACAGGGAUUUACUUGCAGAGCAAUAA